AUGCAACCUCAGGACAUCCGCCUUCGGCUGGUGAUCCGUCGCCACGGUCUCCCAGAGGUCAAGCUUGUGUGGCCGUGUUCCUGCUCGGAGGAUCUCACCAUCGCAAAGGUUUUGGAACAAGUCAACGAGGUCGUGCCACUUGAGAGCGGCGAAUGGGGCCUUGAGGACUACGCUGUAGAACUUGCAGAUGGAAAUGGUGCAAGUUUCGAGUGUCUGCAUUUCCAGCAAGUUGGUCGUAUUCUGAAGGAUGAGGACCAAGUUCUUAUUCGAUCGCUCCUCACCGGGGACUUGAAACGACGACGGCUCAGCGGACGACAUCAAAUCUCUGACGACGGAAGGCAUUUGGUCGAUGGUCUCCCUUUCGGCAGGCCUUGGCUGAGAACUCCCCGCGACCGCCCUCAAAUCGAACUGCCCCCACGAAAACGUAUUCGUGUCAACUACGUGGAUGAAGAUGACGAUGGCGAAGAAGAAGAAGAGCAGUUUCUGCUAGACGCGCCACGCCCAUCCCGAUAUGAGGUCCCCAAGUAUCCCCAAGUCCUAGACCUGGUCGAAAACCUACGUUACGAUGACGAAGAGGAUUUACAAGACUACGAAGAAUAUCAAGAUGACUCGAGUUCAAUGUCCGACGCCUCUCCUCAUACAAGACCCAAUGUCCAAGAUCAGUCGGAAGAGAGCGAAAUGGACGAUUUUACCGAUGAGGAGGAGGAUGAUGAGGAUCUCGAAACGGAGCUGCGACUGCUCAGGGAAGAGGCCGGUGCUGAGGCCCACAGCCUUCAAGCAAAUGAUUCCAAUUCCUCCCAAUACGAAGAGGAGGAUAUUGAAUCAGACGACCAGCAGGACGGAUUUGACCCAAAUCAGAUCUUUAAUUCCACGAAAAUGGCUCCAAGUCCGUUCAGCACGGUAGCCCACUCUUCGGCCACACCAGUUGUCAACGAUCACGCCAACGUACCUGUCGAAAUUCUCAUGACCGUAUUUCAGAUAGCAUUCCCGGAGUUGAACGGCGACAUCAGGACAAUUCUCAGGCGAACGAACAAGGAUCUGAGGAAAACUUAUUUGUCUCUCAGCAUGCUUUGUGAACCGCUUUGCACUUUUGAUCAGAUGAUGGACGACUCGUACUUUCUUCUCGCUCCAUUUGCGCGCCGCGAUGGGGGUGGUAGCGUUCCCAAACAGGUCGAGCAGGCGAAGUUAUCUCCCCUUGACGCUCUCAAGGGGGGAGCUAGAAAACCACCACUCAUUGAAGAGGUCGAAGAGACUGACGAUUCCGAAGAAUCUACAACUAAUGGCGCUCCAAUAUCUGCCCAAAAAUCGAAGCAGAGCCAGAAUAUGAGCAGCGACGAAUCUUCGGACUCGGAUUUUGACGAUGCAAGGGUGGCAGAUGGUGAAGUCUCUGCAGUGGAAGAGGAUCCCGCCAGCAGUUCCGAAAGUGACUCAGACAGCGACUCGUCAAACGACUCCAGCGAUGAUUCUCUGGAUAAUGAUUCAUCAAGCGAAGAAGAUGACCAGAUUAGCGAUCAGCCUGUGACAGCCUUUGCCAAUGAGAAGUCAAGUGACGUCUCGUCAGACGAAAGCUCCGAUGACGACAGUGACAGCAGCAGUGGCUUGGAUGAUGCCGGGGACCAUGUUCAAACUGUCCGCAAGAAUCGAGUCGAAAGCUCUUCCGAUGCGAGUAGCAGCGAGUCUAGUGAAUCGGAUUCAACAGAUGAUUCGGACUCUGAGUCUGGAGUGGAAGAAAUCUCAUCAAAACAACCAGUGCUAUCCGCGGCUCAACAACGUCCUGCCACGACUACACGUCGACCUGAAGUUCAGACGCCUGACAACCUGCAAGUCACUGGUCUUACGCGAACACAAAAGCGGAAUGCGAGAAGGAGACGCCUCAAGGCCUUGAAAGACCUGGAGCCUGAGCAACUUAAAUCGGCAAACAGUGCCGAGGGAGACGCCUUGAUCGAGGAUUUCUUGGCGCGAAAGAAAGCCCUCCUGGCUGCUAUUCUUGAUGAAACUCAUGAAGGUGGCAAUGCAAACAACGAAGCAGAGAUGGGAGAUGCCCCUUCUUUGGAUGUGGCGCAAGAAGAGGAAUCACGAGAGACGAACACGAAUGCUCCCAAUGCGGGCCAAGCUGAGGCGUCAGAUCUCAAAGACGAGCCAGCAAAGCGUCAUGCUCGUGUUGAUAUGGGUGCAGGCCGACGGCUUGUGUUUGGAGCUUUGGGCUUGAAGACUCCGGCGAACAAGGCAGACGAGCAAAAAAUUCGCGACAGUCUGAUGAAAGAUGUUCGACCUCUUGUGAACCCACGGGUGAUGCAGGACAAUGGUGCAGAUGACACCAACGAACAGCCGCCGGACAAUAACGAGGGCGAGGAUACAGAUUCCUGGAGGGAAAAGAUCAUCUACAAAGCUGUGGAGUGUUGUCACGAGGAUAUGACACUUAGCGAGCCUCCAUUCCCCUUUGUCCAGCGCUGGGAUCCUCAACAGAAAUAUGGCGCCAUGAAAAAAAGGAAGCGCGCAUCGGAGAACUAUCAAGCUGAUACAUCCUAUGAUGACUCGGCAUAUUACUACGACGAGGAGUUUGAUGAAGACCAGUACGUGGCAGAGACCCGGAAGAAGAGCAGAAAGAAGAAAGGAAAGUCUGCGAGUCUUCAAAAUGGCAGCGCAAACCAGGACGAGCAAGACGUGGUACUCGACUAUGACGAGGCACCCAUCAAGAGCAGCCAGUUCACGGAUGUGGACGAUCUUCCAUCUUUGCCCACAGAUAUCAAGGCGCUGCCUCUUCUAGAGCCUACAUCAGCUCAGCCUGGCAUGGUCAUUACUUGGAAUCAGCUGGUCAUGUCAAAAGCUACGAAUUGGCAGCCAGAGAUGCUACCGGUUACUGGCCUGAUAGUUCCUGGAGGCGAAAGCGGUGCAAUUCAUGUCAUCUUGGCAAAGCGAGACCGCGAAGAUAAUGAGAAGAUGUACGACGAGUUCACUGGAGAGCGAGUAUACGGCAAAUUUGAAGUGCCCGAUCUGGACGGAAGUGGUGAAGAAGAGGACACAGGAUUCAGGUCGUUGCAAUGGACAGAGAUGAUUGAGCCUCGUAUCGUGCAAGAAGCGCCCGCCGAUGAAGUCGCACAACCGCCCAUGGAAAUUGCAGCAGCGGCUGUGGAGGAUGAGAUGCCGUCGGGCCAUGCCAAGGUAAGCGAAUUCCAGUCGGGACAAGAUUCUUUGGAGAGCGGAUUCAGCACUGGACAGGUGCGAGCUGCUAUUGAAGAUGAUUUGAUGCACGAUUCAUUUGGCACGCAAGCCAACCUAGAGACUGUUUCAAUACAGUCUGGUCAACGAUUACCGCGGCUGGAUCUUUCCAUGUCCGAGGUGCAAAUCAGCACUGCUAGCAAUAGCUUCGAGCAUGUCGGCCACAACUACCCCAGAACAACAGACGCUCAACUGGAACACGUGCUGACCGUUGCCGCCAACCCCCAAAAUGCACACUCUCCAAAGCUGAAUCGUUGGACAGAGCGUGGAGACGAAACAGUUGCUGAUCAAGAGGCAGAACUAGGACCUAGCCUAGCGGAUGCCAUGGCAGAAGACGUCUCGAAUUCUGGCACGCUUGCAUCGAAGAGGACGGAGUCGUCUGAAGAUAAUAGAGGAAGAGAGGAGAGAGGGGAGGAGGGUAGAGAGGAGGAAGGACGAAACUCGGCGCACGGCGGCGAUGAUGCGUCGAUAGCGAACCACCCAAACACAGUCAUUGCCUCAUCGCAGUUCAGCGUCCCUAGUGGGCGACAGCCACGAACAAGCUAUUCUAUCGCAGAGGCUGUGCACGACACAAUUAUCCCCGAAACAUUACCACAACUACGCGAGACCACACCGAUACAAAGCCACUCGAAAUCGCAGAGCACACCGUCUAGCCCUGCCAGCAGCAGCCCUUUUCCAUCAUUGGAGGAGAUAUUCAUGUCAGCUCAGCCGACACAAAGUUCGGGGAGGAGGCGAGAGACGCCUUCAUUAUCAGCAAGCCAAUCUAUUCCUAAACGGGACGUAGAAUACGAAGAAGCAAUGCGCAAGCUUGACGAGGGACAUGAAUCAGAUCUCCUACUAGAGAAGAAAGAGCAAGGAGAAGAAGACGUGGUGGUGGAGAGGAAAUUGUUUCCUAACGCAACACAACCAUCGUUACCCGCACAACUUUUGGAUGAGGACCUACCUGCGCUGCAGACUUCUCUUUCUCAAUCCGAGAAGAAUAAAGAAGACAAACCGCAGUUUAUUAUUCCGGCUGGGAGCCAGAUCAUUGUCUUGAGCUCUAGCCCAGCCUCAAGUAAUGGCGUGCCUGAUGAGGAUAAUGGGUCAGAAGAUGAGAGAGGGGAUCCUGCGCGGAAGAGAGGUUCACUGCCUACAGGCCCUGGAUGGGUGAGAAAGGGUUCCCGGAUCGAAAGGCAUGCGUCGGGCAAUACGAGAAGGCAUGCGGUAGCGGCUCCAUCAAGAGCUAGUCGGCAAAGGCGAUCAGACAAUGAGGCUCUGGCGAUGGCACCGCUUGUGAGCGCUGUGAGCAAGUAUAAAGGGCGGAGAGGGAGAGGGAGGGGGAGGGGCUCUACCAUGCAGCAAUGA